AUUUUUUUUAACUUUACAGACUCGGCCUAAUCAUAAGCAUCACUAAUCCCACUCCGACAAGCCCAUGCAGCUGGUCGUUUAAGUUGAUGAAAUAUAAUAACACUGGUCGGAAAAUAAGUGAAGUUGCUUCUCAAUAAAGAGACCGGAAUAAUUAUGAGGCUCGGCGAUACGUUUCCAAACUUCCAGGCACCUACAACCAUCGGAGAUAUCGACUUUUAUGAAUGGCUCGGUGACUCGUGGGGAAUUUUGUUUUCGCAUCCAGCCGAUUACACGCCGGUCUGCACUACUGAAUUGGGUCGUGCGGCCAACUACUUUCCCAAGUUUGUUGAGCGUGGAGUGAAAUUAAUCGCACUUUCGGUUGAUAGUUUGGAGUCGCACAAGGGAUGGGUCGAAGACAUCAAGUCGUAUUGUCCCGAACUCCGAAACAAGGACUUUCCAUUCCCUUUGAUUGCUGAUGAGAAGAGAGAAUUGGCAAUUAAGUUUGGCAUGUUGGACCCUGAUGAGAAGGACUCAAAGGGCAUGCCUCUAACUUGUCGUUCUCUGUUUGUAAUUGGACCGGAUAAGAAAUUGAAGCUCUCUAUCCUGUAUCCUGCUUCGACCGGAAGGAGUUUCGAUGAAGUUAUUCGUGUUGUUGACUCGCUUCAACUUACUCAAAAACGCAAAGUUGCAACUCCAGCGGAUUGGAAACCUGGAAAUCAUUGUAUGGUUCUGCCAACCUUAACCCCAGAGGAAGUUAAAGCCAACUUUACGGAGGAAAUUACCGUUGUACCAAUGCCAUCAGGAAAAAAUUACGUUCGCCACGUCACUUUAAACAAUAAUUGAAUUAUCCAACUCAACAAAAUGUUGUUGUAAUGACUUUUUUCUAUAUUCCUAAUUGAUGUUUCAUUCCAUUAUAGACAAUAAGAAUGAUAUUGAUCAAAUAAAUCAUAAUAAUUGGUAA